AUGGCGCCGUCAACUGUCUUUUCCUACUGGCGCCGAGACCAUCGGCGCUCGUCAGCAUCACCAGCUACGUUGGCCACGUCCUCACCAUCCUCAAAAGGGGGAAACGGAACACCGAUAAGCAGUCCGCCACAAAUACCGGAGAUCGUCGGUACCCCCAAGUUGACCACCACCUUCAGCGGUCGCCCCUCCCACGAUGAAUCUUCCUCAAUCGACUCGCCGCUGGAGCUCGACGCCUCGAAGCUGAACAUUAGCUCAUCAGCAGCGCCUCUUUCCUCUUCUCUCACGCUCGCCGUACCCACACCAGCAUAUGACAAAGGCAACCGCCCUCACUCGAGUCCCGGCGACUGCGAGGGAGAACACUCCACAUCCCAAUUGAACAACCCACAAACACCGAGCGUUGGUCUGCACUCCGAUCAAGGGGACGGGGAGUCGAACCACAAAUCCAGCUCGCCUUUCAGACGUUCCUUUGGAAAACAGAAACGUUCGCCGACUGCGGCAGCGGGAUCGGGCCAUUUCCGAUUCAGGACCUCCCCAGAGGAUUCGCCAGCAGAUAAGCAAAGCAUGCCGAAGGACUUCAAGGUGGAAAGCAGCGCUACGGCUAUGAAGCGCGCCGGAGAUCGCGAUGCGUCUGGGGAGCAGUCACAUCAUAAGUCAGGCAAAGCCAUGCUUCAUCUCUUGAACCCGAUGUCUCUACUUGCGCGCAGACGAUCCGCUCAGAUUGUCAACUCCCGCGCAGAAGACGUCAAAAUCACAAACCGCAAUGUCCCAGCUAUGCCAGAUGAUUAUGAUCCUCGCAUCCGUGGUAAAAUCAUUCAUGACUUCUCAGCACCUCGACCUCGUCGGAAUGUUUCCGCCACUCGGCCAGAGUCUACUGCACAAUAUACGUCGAGCUCGCAAAUGCCUAGUAACCCACACAGGUCUUCCUGGAAUGACCAGAGCAGACCACAGAGUGAUCGUUCACCUGUCUUCAAGGAACACUUCGAGGAUCAGAAUGUUCUACAGCCUGAAAAUAAGGGAUAUCUCCAGUCCUCUCUAUUGACAAGUCAACACCAACCUGGCCAAGAAAAUUCUUUGCCGGUUUUUGCCAGAAAUUUACCUUCUCACCUACCUGAACAAAACAACGAACCUUCACCGCAUGCAGAGCAGCCUGAGCCUGAGGUGAUGGAGGUAUCAAGCGUUCCGGAACCAAAACCUGAGGCAGAUACAGAACAUCAGGAUCAAGAUACCAUUCCCCACGCCCCAUACAACUCCUCGGGUCUACCAAGGCAUCUCAAGAGCAAUGCUUCUCGCUUUAGCUUUGAUAUGAGUGGAGUGGAAUCCUCCACACAGGAGAAAAUGCUGGAAGAGAAACACAAGGCCAAAGAGGCUUGUCGCAAAGUGGAAGAUGGGUACUUUGAUGACUUUGAUGACGACUUUGACAACGAUAUGCUGGAUGAUUUGGAUGGUCUCGAGGAAAAGAUUCCGGGUGUCAACGUGGACGCAGAUGAUGAUGACUACGAUUAUUCUUCCAUUUCCGCCAAUAUAAACGAUGCAGCGAAGUCGUGGGCUAUACCGGGGCUGUCGCCUGUAGUCGCGAGCCCAAUCACACCUGCGCCGCCAAAUCAAACUAAUACCUCAUACUUUGAACCUGUUGCACCAGUGAAUGAAACCAUCCCAUUGGAGAACGAGCAACCUGGCCAAGAACAGGACCUUGUUUCUUCUACAACCACACCGCAGACACAGGCAGCUGCCAAUCAACACUCGCAAGUUCUUGACGAUGAUGACGAACUCUACUUCGACGAUGGCGAGUUUGGAGAUCUUGAUAUCAACGAUGAAACUGGAGAGUUUGAUGAGAACAUUUUCGACGACGUGACAAGCCAUCUAUACGAUCGAAAAACGGUCAAUGCUCCUGCAGCACCUCCCGCUGAUGACCGCAUCCAUGGCGAUAACUCGCCAGGGAGGGAGAGCUUUACGGCCGAACCGGGAGAUCAUGGGCUGAAGCAUAUGACUAGUGUAGCCAGUGAUCAUCGGGCCGUUGGCUCUAUCAAACGUGGUCCCCUUGGUGAGCCAAUACCGAACAUGGGCCCUUCCCGUGCCCAUGGCGGCGUGCUCACUGAACAAAACUUGGAUCUUCUGCACAAUGCCCUAGCAUUCGCGGCCAGCGAAUUUAACCAGGGUGGGCGCUUUGAUCGAACUUUUAGCACAAGCGAACGAUCCCAAGGACAAGACAGCGCAGGCCAGGCAUCACAGACUCUGGAUGCGCAACCGGGCUUGGUCUCCGACGAAAGCCGAGUCAGCCAAUCCGCGGAUCACAUGGGGUUCGAAGAUGUUUUGGACGAUGGCCUGUACGAUGACUUCGAUGACUCGUAUUUUGAUGAUGCUAUUGUUGCCGCUGCCAACGCAGAAGCUCUCGAGAACGACGACGAUGGGUUCUACGGUCAGGAGUUCGGCUUUUACGCGCAUGCAGACAACAGCGACAGCUCCGAACUGACCAAUGGAGGUUAUUUUGGCCCUCGGCGCGUUGAAGGCAUCACACGCAACCACAGUAGCAGUCGAAAGUUCCAAGAGCCUAGCCUGACACCCAUCACUGAACGCAGUGAGUGGAGCACUCGGAACUCCAUGAUCUCGCUGAAGGCCCACGGAGCUACCCACGGAGCUACCCACCCCAACUCAGCCUUGGCAAGCCCCGGCCUAGCCCAACUUGUCGACAUGGGUAAUCUCGAUGAUGAAAUGUCACUUAGCGCACUCAUGAAACUACGACGAGGAGCUUGGGGUGGCAGCAAUGGCAGUCUGCGCAGCAGUGCUGGUAGCCCACCGCAGACGAUGUCUCCAUCUCACCGUACAAGCUUCACUGGUGCUGAGGCUAGUCCGACUGUCGCUGACGCGAAGCUUUCCUUUCCUGACGAAGGGCCUACGAGUGUCGGAUACUUCCGUGAUGACGGCCAUUCACGUACGGCAUCCCCGCUGCCCGGGCGAAAUGCCGAUCUCCCGACCAGCGGAAUCACCAGGCCGACAGCUGCCACCGAUCUCAGCCAAGUGCCGGUCGCUGGAAGCGAACGUCUGAACGUUUUGUAG